CUUAACCACCUUCAUACCUACUUCCCUACCUAUCUACCUACCUUUCCACCUAUCUACCUUUCUACCCCUCAACCUAUCCUUCUCUACGACAAAACCUCCUUCGCUAUUUCGUUUUCCGCUAGAUCCAUUGCAUAUUCAUUUCCUCCAAGAUGAUUUCUACAAGAUCAGCAGCCAGACUACCGCUGUCUCAGAGCAGACUUGCUCUACGCACUCCGAAGCGCCAACCCAUUCGUUUCCAGUCUACCUCUUCGACAUCUUCGUCGUCAUCAGCCACGGCUGCAGGCAAUGGGUCGCUGGGAGCUGGUAUCAUUGGCGGCGUGGCCGGAGCAGCACUUUUCUACGGAAUAUAUUCAUUCACGCCUGCUGGUCGAACGGCUAGCAAGCUCAACAAAGCCGUGAAAGAGGCUGAGAAGAAGUACCAAGAAGCGGCAAAGAAGUUGCAGGCGAAUACUCCAAGCUCAUCACAAGCCGUCGAUUCCAUCAAGCAGUUUGCUUAUUCUUACGUUGGAUGGAUACCUGGCGGCCGCGGUUUCGUGGAUGCAGCAUUCAAAGAUUGGGAGACUGUACGGAAGGAACACGCUGAGGAGGCGGAUAAGAUUGUGAACGAUGCGUAUAAAAAAUUCCAGGAGAUUUCCAAGUCGGGUCUCAGUCUCGAGACCGCAUCGCGCGCUUUCGACGCCCUUGCUGACCUGGCAAAGAAGAUUGCUAAUCUUACUGGAGAUGCCCUCUCGGACGUGGUGGAUAAUCAUCCUCAGCUUAAGGAGAAGCUCGGAGGUAAUAUCGAUCAGCUGAAGCAAAUGGGCGAGCAGUACGGCCCAGAGGCGAAAAAGCAAGUGGACGAGACUUGGAGCCAGGUCAAGGACAUUUUUGCCGGGGGAUUUAGUGCUACAAGCAUAGCCAAGGCAAAGGAGCUCAUCGACGAAAAGACGAAGCAGGUUCAGAAGCUUGGCGAUGAAGCGUGGAAGAAGAGCUUGGAAGAAGCAAAGCCGCUUCUUGACAAGAGCCCCAAGGUCAAGGAACUAGUAGAGAAUAAUACCGAUGCUCUGAAGAAGGGCAAUAUCAAGGAGCUUUUUGACAAGGUGCGCGAUGCGGCCAAGUCUGGAGACUUGGGCGACCUGGAAAAAUACGUCAACCAAGCGAAGCAGAAGAUUGGGGACAAGGCCAGCGAGAUGGGAUGGGGAUCCUUGAACCAGUAUAUGGACAAGAUACCCCAAGGCAGCGAGAUCUUGAGCAAGUUGGAGGAGAUGGGCCGAGUUGCACAGGAGCAUAAGGAGGAAGGGGAGAAGCUGUUGAAGGAGACGAUGGGCGAUAUUCAGAAGGUGCUUGAGGAGAAGGGCAAGAAGGCGCAGGAGAUUGCUGAGUCUGGGAAGAAGAACUGAAUGAUGACGGCCUCUUCUUACUCUAUUACAUAUCAUAACAGAACUUGGUGAGUGUCGCUCGGUAAGAGUCACCACUUGAUAAUUUUGCCGUUGCUAGAUUGGCUCGCCAAUAGUCAACAGCACAUGCGAUGGCUAUCCUGUUAAGAUGAAUAUGAAAUUGUACUCUGCUUUACAAUCUGAGUGGUUGGGUUUUAUUAUAGAGUACUUCACUAUUCAUAGGCUAAAUAAUCAUUGUAAUGCUACAUUUCAAAAGAAACACACCAAUAAACUG